GCGGAAGUAAGUCUGUGUGAUUUGUACCACUUUUAUGAGCUCUAACUUUGAAUUUCAACCAAAUAUUCGCUGUCGGAUAGCGUGGACUGACGUAAGAAUAACAAAAAUGGACCGCAACUCGGCAUUUUUAGGCCCACUAUAGCGCAGCCACUUGGACCAGAUGACAUCCAUCCAGUCGGUGAGACUGCCACAGACGGAGCUCGUUGUCUACUGGCUCUUGUCCUUUGGCUCCCACUUGUACUCUUUCUAUCAACUUCACAGGUUCUCAAAAGAGCAUGAAGCAGGAUUGGAUAGAGAAUUUCAACUGGAAAGAGGCCUCUUUAAGGGCUUCAAAAGGGAUGUGUCAGACUUUGAGUGGACCUUUUGGACCGAGUGGGCUAAGAAGUCCUUGCUUUGGACUCUGAUCGGACAUGCUGUCAUAUCUCGAUUGUGCAUCGUCUUUUACCCACAGUUUCGUGUUGCGGUGCUCACAGUUUACGGCCUCUCUGCUGCCUCCAGUGUGUUGGGACUCAGAGGUGUGGCCAUGUUACUUCUCCACGUGGCUUUGUCUUUUUCUGUGGCUCAGCUCAAAAGGCCCAUUUUGUGUUGGACCUGCAACCUUCUGCUCCUCUGCACUCUUCAUGUGCGACCACUUCAGGACAUUCAGAGAGGCUGGUACGAGCACGAGGAGGAAUACUACCUGCUGCUCUUCAGCGUGGCCGUGGGCACUCUUCGGCUCAUCAGCUUCAGUUUGGAGCACUGCGGGCGCCCAUCGAUCCACGGCGCCGCCCUCCCGCAGCUGUGCUGGCUGUUGUCCUACACGUUCUACCAUCCCUUCUUCUACAAUGGACCCAUCAUCACGUAUAAUGACUACCUAGAGCAGAUGCAGAAACCCGUAGAGGAGAGCGACCGGCACAAACCAGGUGCUUGUUACUUGUUGCUUCGUUCGGCACGGAUCCUGAUGUGGUGGUGCAUCGCCGAGUAUAUGAUUCACACCAUGUACAUGCAUGCCAUCCAAUCCAAUGAGACCUAUCUGGAGAUUCUGCCACCCUGGGCUUUAGGUGGUCUGGCUCUGGCCCUGGUGCAGUUCUUCUUCGUCAAGUAUUUGGUCCUCUUUGGACUUCCGUCCAUGUUGGCCACGUUGGACCAGUUGGUUCCUCCUGGUCUACCUCGUUGCGUCAGCAUCAUGUACAGUUUCACCGGCAUGUGGCGGCAUUUUGACAAGGGCCUGUAUCGAUGGCUCCUCAGAUACAUCUACGUGCCCCUGGGAGGUUCACAUCACGGAGUGAUGUACAAAAUGUUCUCCACGGCGCUGGCGUUCGGCUUCGUCUGCCUUUGGCACGGCGGCCAUGACUACCUUCAGUGCUGGGCCCUGAUGAAUUGGCUGGGCGUUCUGGUGGAAACCAGCCUAAAGGCUCUCUUUGGCUCAGCUCUCCUUCACUCCUUUUUUGAGCGGCGAUCCUCUGCGGCGACGAGGAGGCGUUGCGCCGCGUUGCUUUCAGCCUUCUCCACGGCCAUGCUCAUCCUCUCUAAUCUGUUCUUCCUCGGGGGGGUUCACGUCGGCAGGAUCUUCUGGAAGCGCGUCUUCCUUCAAGGCUGGUCCACGGUGGCGCCGCCCAUGCUGGCCUUCCUCUAUUGCUUCGCCCAGGUGGGAUUGGAGUGGGCUUCUCACCCACCGUGAGUCACCUUGACUUUGCAAACGCAGCACAAAAGAACAAAACUCACCCUGCGCCAGAACCACGCUCGGAACCUGGCACGCCGCCACGCUACCCGACUGAAACGGCACGGCGGCUGAAGUCAAGCGGUAAGACAACACCCACCUAUCCGCAGGUUAGGAUUUUGGGUGGAAAUAUUAUGGGAUGGCUUACUUGUUUUUCACAUAAAGUCACGUGAUUUGAAAAUCAUCAUCAUGUCGCCACUGUGAAAUGAAUUUAUCUCCAAAUUGUUUUCAUUUUCAUCUUCAUGCAAGGCAUGAAGAAACAAAUUGAAAUGAAAGCCUAUAAAGUUUAGAGAAACAAUUUCUGUCAUGCCACAAGAUGGCUCCUAAACCCUGUCCAAAUAGGAAGGUAGUAAUUGGUGUCACGCAUGUACAGUUAAAUGAUAUCACGCCAAGUUUAAUCGAGACAAUUAGCAAAAGUUCUGAGUCAUUUCUGUAUAGGCAUGUUUUUGAUCUGCUCAGUAGCAAAUCAUCUACUAAUGAAUUUGAAACGAUAAAGUGUUUGACGACCCAACUAUCAUUAUAGGCAUUUGCAAGCAUCGACGUCAAUUGCCGCAUUUUUUUUACUCAUUGUGUAUCCUCAACGGGGUUCACUAAAAACGGAAUGUGACUCAGUAAAAACUGAAAAAAAAAAAGCUUCUGCUCCCUGGCGACGGCAGCAUUGGCUUCACGAGUGUCGUUACUGGCCCUCCACAUGUAAUUUAGCUGAUGCUAAUAUCCCGAGAUGUAUUACUGAAGAGUUUCAGCCGGGCAGCCACCAGGCAGCCGCCAGGCGCUUUUAAUGGACGGCAUUUAUCCUCUGGAAUGCUCACACUAAUUGCUUUGAGAAGGUAGUUGAGUCAAGCAAAACAUUUCUAGCCAAAAUCACACUCAAAGUCAGCCAUUUAGUUGUUGUCAUGUUUGUCAGUGUCCAAAUAAUCGACCUCUGAGAUUGGAAGCUCCGGAUGUUGCGCACAAUCAUCAAUAGCCACUGUAUGGUUAGCUCAGAAUAAAACUGCGUUUUCGAGCAUGUCAGUUUUGGUCUCAUCUCAUUUUUGCAGUGGAAACUUUCUGUUUUUGGAAGAAAAUAGGCAUCAAACCGUUUUUUAUUUUUAUUAUUUGGGCAUAUUGACCGCUUUCUCGGUCACCCGAAACACUCGGAGCCAAUGAAGUCGUGAGGUUCGGGACAGGAAGUCGGCAAUUUUUGUGCAAAUGAGUAAAUUCCCCAAAGUAAGCAGAAUUUCACAUUUUUAUAAUUUUUUUCAUGUACGCCAUCUAAUGUAGGUGAGCAAAUUAAAAUGUUUAAAUGCCUGUUUUUUUUUGUUUGUUUUUGGAAGGGGCCAUCUCCAAUAUCUGUACUUAAAUUCGACAGCGUAACAAAAUGAAAGUUAAAUGCCCGGUUGAAAAAACUCGGUUGUAAUCCAAAGGGACGAGCGGUACUUUUAAAUUUCCAUUAGUUGAUGUGCGCCGUCGGGGAUGAUUGCGUCUGCGACACUGAGCCGGGGAUCAGUGUCCAAUCCUCUUAAAAGGAGCAGCAAAGUGUGAGCUUUAUCUUGGGUAAGGAGAUCGUCGGGGAAAAUGAAAACCUGCUGAGUUCCAUUUUGGCGUGGCCCUGAGGGUCACACAGACUGCAGUCAUCGUGUACCCUGUCAUUCAUUUUGUGUCAUUGCUCAGCAUACUGUAAAAAAUCACGACUUGUAUUUUUUUUUUUUAGGGGGACCUAACACUAAUUUUAUUGAGAGCUAAUUUUCACAACAGCAAAACUUCCAAUAUGUCGUUUAACUUAAAAUGUUAAGUAUCUGUACUCCCUCCUUCUGUUGGGCUGCAACUAAGAAUAUUUCAACGAUGGAUUAAAAUAUGAAUUACUUUGUUGAUGAAUUGAUGUUUGAAUUUCCGUCACUGUAUUCAAAAACAGGACAUUGUUAUGAAUCAAUUAGUUGUUCAUGAAUCAUUUAAUCAUCAGUACUUUUGCCACCUCCGCUAAAAACUGCAAAUACAAAGUGAAUAAAUAAAAAAGGUCGCUUGCA